AUGGUUGCCAUCUACACGGAUCACGAUGAAGUGGACGAGUCGGUGUUGAGCGUUGCUGCUCUCUCACUGGCCACGUACGGGCAAACCGCCCAACACCCGCAACAGGCUCAGUCUGCACAGAAUGCCGCCGCUACGGCGAAGCAGUUGUCGCCAGCCGCAGUUCACUUCGUGAACAUCGGCGAAAAGCUCGAAGGGGACUACAAAUUCGGAUACGACACAGGCAAGGGAAACGAGAAUGGGCAAUCUUUCCGAGAAGAAACCAGACUCCCCGACGGUACCGUCAAGGGAGCUUACGGAUUCAUCGAUGCUACCGGUAAAAUGAGGAUCAUCCGCUACACCGCCGGAAAGGACGGAUUCAAGGCCGAGGGAGAUAUUUUCCAGGACGGAGCGCCUGCCAACACCCCCGGCCUCAACGGACCUGCCGCUGCUGCGGCUCCUCAGACAAAGUCUACCUCAACCUAAUAAUUCUCCUGAUGCUCACAGCAAGCCGCCCCACAGUACCAACAACCGGCUCCCCAGCCCCAAUAUCAGGCUCCCGCUCCCCAGCCCCAAUAUCAGGCUCCCGCUCCCCAGCCCCAGUAUCAGGCACCUGCUCCUCAGUAUCAACAACCCGCUUACCGUGCCCCCCAACCUCAACCCCAAUACCAACAACCCCAACCUCAAUACCAGCCUCAAUACCAACAACCUGCUCCCCAAUACCAGGCCCCACAAUACCGACCGCAGGCACCCGCUUACCAGACACCUGCUGCGCCCCAGUACGGACCGCAAACCAUUCAGUACCGACCAUCUGCGCCUGCCUACAACCAAUACCAGGCCCCUCAACCGUAUGCCUCGAACGCUUAUCCCGCCAGCCUAUCCGGAGGCUACCGUCAGCCCUCAACGGGAGGACUCUACGCUUCGGCAUCCGCUCAACGCGUUCAGCCCGCUUUCCCUGAUUUCUUCCGUCAGUCUUCUCAGACCCCUCAACAGUCCUAUCAAGCCGCUCCUCAGAAUUACAGAGCUCCGGUGAGCGCUGCCCCCGUCGCUCCAGUUCAGAAUUACGCCCCUCAGCAAUACAGACAAGCAGCUCCGUACUACCAGCAGCCACAACAGCAACCUCAGUACCAGCCCCGUCCCGCGCCCCGUCCCGCUCCCGCGACUUCUUUCGCCCCGACGAAUGAAGCCACUCCUAAGAAGAAGUACGAAGACGGUCAGUACGACCCCGAAUUGACCAAAGCUGGUCUCUACUACCCAGAAUUGUACGAGAAAAUCCCAGCUUCCGGUAAGGACUCCAACGGACUGGCCUCGGCUGCACCGGUUGCCCAGGGACCCAGACAGCUUCCGUAUUUUGACCCCAGCCUGCUGACUUAUAACAUCGGAACCCAGCCGAUUCAACAGCAAGAGCCCAAGCAAAAAUCCGCCUAGGAAGUUCAUACGAAGCAAAUUUAUUUAAAAUUCCCGCCUCGACUUCUGGUGAUGAUGAUGAUGAUGUACACAUUGUUCUUUGAAUCGAAGACGCUGGCCCACACUCCGAUUAUGUUCAAACUCCGUUUCUGCGAAAAAAAAUAUUGCAGAAACGGCUCUCUUUGAACACGCCGAGCCAUUCGCAUUCGAGCGACGAUGAUUGGAUCAUCGGGACGCCGAAAUUCCACGAUCAGUCUUCUAACCGGCGCCCGUGUUUUGCAGCUCCUUCGAAGAGAAACUAGGAUGUUUUGCCCGCCAUGAUCGACGAAGUCCUGGUCUGUCUUGAGAUGAAAGCUGCAAGCCCUUCCCUAUUGAGAGAAAUUCAGAAUCUCGAAACAUUUUCUUCACGAGUUUUCUUGAUUCAGGCAAGAUCGGAGAAGAGAGAGAAUAUAUCUCGGAUGCGCCACUAUUUUGGCCAAUGCUCUCUUUCUCUUGCGACGUGUCUCGUCCUAGGCAUGCCAAUCUAGUGUUUGGGAGGACCAAUCGGCGCUGCCUCGGAAGCGAACUUUGCUUUGCCUCCGCGAACUGACGCCUGAAGCUUACCAAGGGCGAUAAUAAUUCCACUCUCCCCCUCUUUCUCCGAUCCUUAAAUUAUUCAGUCAUCUCUGACGAGGUCUAAACUCCGUCGAGAAUGUGGAAUUCAGUGUGAGUGUUGAGCCAGCGUCUGCCUCUGUAAAUAGAUAGAGCCUUUCAGAAGCUUCCGAAGCCUCAUUCUCUCGAUCUGUUUCUAUUUGAACAAAUUCGCGGAAUAAUCUCAUGAAACCGCUCAUCGUUUCACAUCUUAGAUAAUCUUUGCCAUAUAAACAGUAAGCCACAGAGAGCCUCCUCGGAUUGCUCACGUGAGACCUUAGGGUCCUUGGCUACUGUUAUUGCUCUUCUUAGCGAGCGAUGGGGUUCAAGACAUUUGCUCCGUCAACUCAUGACCUACCCCUUGACGUCUUUUGAAGAGCCUCGUGUUGUAUUGAUAGAAAAAUAUUGAUGUCUAAAUCCGAGCAGGCUGAAUAUCAUUGACCUGUCGGCUCAGUCGGAGAAUCACCCAAUA